AUGGAUGAAAACAUUGAUAGCAAUGUUGCUGUUUUGGCUAUUUUGGACAACCAAUCUGCAGCAUACAAACCAAACAUGACUAUGACAACCUAUACCCACAGUCAUACCAUAACUCAAGAAGAAACUGAUGUAAAUGAAACUAAUAAACAAAAUGUAAUUUGGACAAAAAAUGCAACACUAAUGCUUUUAAGUCUAUAUGAAACAAAAAUGCAUAUGCUCGACAACCCAAAAAAGAAAUCUAAAAUGUGGCUUUCAAUAGCAGAGGAAUUAAAAUCAUUGAAUGUUGAGGUAACUGCAGACCAAGUCAGAUGGAAAAUAAAUGCUCUUACAAAGAAGUACAAAGAUUGCAUUGACAAUGGACAAGGGGCAAUGAGUUUUAAAUAUUUUAAUGAAAUGCAUCAAAUUCUGGGGCGAUAUAGUGAUAAUACUGGAACUUACAGACUGGCUUCAGGUGUAAUGCAAGGUUCAGACGAUUUAGACAAAGAUAAAAAUAAAAGAAAUAUGUCCCUCAAAAGUUCAACACCUUUCAGACGGUUGAGGGCAGAAAGAAGGGCAAAAAUAGAAUUAGAUAAACAAUGGCUAGACUAUUUAAGGAAACAAGAAGAUCAAAAACAAUUAAGAGAUGAAAGAUAUGAAAGAAACUUAAGGCUGAGACAAGAAGAAUUACAAUUAAGAAAAAAAGAACUGGAAAUAAAGCAAUCAUUAGCAUUAAAAAAAUUACAACUCAAAGAACAAAAACAAGAGGAAAUGUUAAAAAUCGAAAGGGAAAAGUGUGCACUUCUGAGAAAGUUGGUAGCCGAUCAGGAUUUAAUGAGGCAAUAA